AGAGAGAGACGGAAAGGAGUAGAGAAGAGGGCUGCAUUUGGAAAAGUCAGAGAAAAAGCUGAGAGUGGCAGAAGAAAGUUGACACCACGUAAGAUGAACUGCAACCGCAACGAGGAUUAAUAAAAGACCUUCUCCUUCCAGAGAGGAGGAGAGAGCAAGCCGAGGAGGAUGCGAGAGGAGCUGCUGUGCAGAGGGGAAGGGGAGUCUUUGACAAAGCAUGCACAAUCCUGAUGCCACCCUGCACAGGUGUACGGGUGCAUUUGUACGCGUCCACAGCCGAAUCAGCACAGCUCGACGGAGGGGAAAACUAGUUUGACUGACUGUUCAUAAAAACACAUGUGGGAUACACAAUCUGUCACAUUUUAGACAAAAAGGGGAUACUCACUAACACACACUUCUUCUGCACAUGCCCACGGUAAUCGAAAGCCAUCAGUGGAUCCGUGUGUGUGGCAGAAUCCUGUGGAUGCAAUAACUGGGACGCUGGAUCUUCUCGUUUCUUCUCGGAGGACUCAUCCCGAGGAAAGCUCCAGGUUCUGACGUGAAGACCUCCUUGUCCUCAUCUGAGAACUGGAUCGAGAGCUGCCUGACUUCUCUGACGUCUGUCCUGAAUGAAACCUUUUAAAGCUGGAUGGAGUACAUUAAAAACACACUGCUGUGGCAUUCAGAAAACCCAAAGCCAGAAAUCAACACCGAAGGACUUUGAUUUCUCCAUUAUUGCUUCCUGCUGAAACAACAGAGGAACAGGCGUGUUGGCAGGCCCGCUGACCUGCGGAUGUGCACCAUAGGAUUCUAUUUCUGGAGCCUCGUUGCUUUUACAGAUUAACUGCCCUCAAUUAUGGCCCCAAUCCUUUCAUUGCGCCACUAGUUCGACUGCCGCUGGAGGUUGUACAUAUUCAAGCUUCAGAAAAACGCCACUGUGCAUCCGGCCAGUCGUUUGAGGGCGACUACCUUUAGACUGUUUUAAGAAGCGGUGGCUGAGCACUUUUUUCAGAUGCCUACAGAGGAACAAAUAUAUCACUAUAUGUCAUGACAGCUUGAGAGUCAUUUUUUGUUUUUCUCUGUGUGACAGUUUCUCAACUUACAAGUCGUUGCACAUUUCAUCCAGAACAGUGGAAGGGGAAGAUUGGUAUUUAAUGUUUUCCCUCCAAUACCAUGACUCUAUGCAUGAAUUAAUACUUCAUCUUUUUUUAUUUGCAACUUUCCAUGAGGGCAAAUCAAACUAAAAUCCCAUUGCCACGUGUUUUCAUUGGCCUGUCUUGGGCUAAUCAAGGUCUUCUAUCAUCAGAAUUGAAAUUUCCAUUUUGCAUGAGAAAGAAAAUAGCUAACAUUAGCAUAUUCAUGAACACUGACGGGGCUCAAUCAAACGAAAUUGAAGACAUUGGGAAAAAUCCUGAGCCAUCCAUCCUGGGAACAAAAUAGCUCAUGACAUGUGAGGAAAAGAGGCUCUCGGAUCACCCCGUGCAACUUCAGCGCAUCCCAUAGCACGCAGGACACAUUAAGGAUAUUCGCUCAUAAAACCUGGCAUGUGUUAGUGACCUCUGACCCAAAGGCUAAGAUAAAAAAAAAAUUAAGAACAGGAUUAAAGAUGGAUUAUCAGUGAAACAGUAAAAUCUGCAAAGCAGCUGAGACUCUUCUGGGAGGUGCUCUGCAGACCAAUUUGUAGAUUACUUUGUGUUGUUGAUGUGGUGGUCUCCUGUGUGUUGGGUGUUAAAAGAUAGGGAUGGAGAAUCUAGAUGAGCUAGAGCACCCUCUUCUGGGAGAAGGACACAAUGACAACCGGGCGUCCGGGCCAGGGCCUGGGCCUGGGGCUGGACAGGCCCCUGGUGGGAUGUUUAAGGGCUACUUGGUAAAAUGUGAGGAGGACAUGGCCUACCCUCCUUUAGCGUGGAGGAGCUAUUGUGGACAUCCUCCUGAGCUUCAGCAGCAGCAGCUACUGGACCCCUGCUCCUUACCUCGCACACUGGAGUCCUAUUAUCCAUCAGCUCCGAUCUGGGGCCACACAGACUCCCUGCUCAGCAAAGACUACCUGGAGACCACCUUCGUGGACAUCCGGCCGGGCUCCACACUGGAGAGGAAGCUGCUGGCUGAGACGCAGGACUACAACAGUCUGUCUUACAGCAUGGACGAUGAGGAUGACCUGCUUCCUGACUCUGACGACUCAUCCAUUGAUGACUUCAGUGAUACAGACAGCGAGAGCAACUUCCCUCUGAUGAUCCCUCAGGACUACCUGGGUCUGGCCUUUUUCUCCAUGCUCUGCUGCUUCUGGCCCCUGGGCAUCGCUGCCUUCUACCUAUCACAGAAGACCAACAAGGCAUCGGCUCAGGGGGAUUUUCAGGGGGCCAACGCAGCAUCUCGCCAGGCUCUAUGGCUCUCAGUGCUCUCCAUCGUGUUCGGAAUCAUAACGUACAUCUGUGCCAUCGCUGCGUUGAUCUCCUACCUGUCCGGAAAACCACCGUAACAGCAACUCAUCGGAAAGGAAUCCCAAACACAAAAAAAAAAACAGAUCAUUCACACAUAUCAUGAACAUCUAACACACAACAAACACACCACCUGUUUAUGGAAGUUAUUCACAGUCUUUGUCUGUCGACCAUAUCUGCUGUCAUGUUUUUUAUCUACACCGAGCUGGGAAAGGAAACACAAGAGGGGAGCUGCUGCAGAGAUUAUAAUCACAUCUAAUUUGAUUAAGGAAUAAUUCAGCUCGGCGGACGCCCCCACACACGUUUAGACAGAUUAUUAAAAGAUAAGUUAUGCAACAUCGCUCCAUAUAGGAUAGUCAGUGUGUUGAUGUGGUUCAUUUUGUCACCCGAUGACUCAAGUAACCUGCCAUCCUUUUAAAUCUGUGUUGUAGUUGUCAUUACGUGUUAGUGGUGUUAAAAAAAAAAAAAGAAAAAAAAAAAAGUACAACAACAAAUGCAGAUGUUAUCACAACACUGUAUAUAUCACUGUCACAAUGACAUCUGAUGAGUAUCGAGAGGCAGUUGAGGAAGAGAGGAGAUAUGAGGAGAUAGCUGACGGCAGAGAACGACAAUGGAGUCUGCAGAUUUAUGAGAAGGUCGCGGCAAGGACGCAACGGCGGCUAAAUCCUGAUGGACCUCGCUGUAGGGGGGCCUGAGCUCGCACUGUCACUCUCAGGGGUGAAAGCUGGUGACGGUUUGAGAGAUUUAGCUUUUAAAAUAUCAAGGGGCCAGAAGCGAUACUCUCUCAGAGAACUCAGAAUAUCUUGCGACUGCUUUGGCCAGAAUGAGAGAACCUCGUGGAAACGUUGCACAUGUACUGUACAUCAAUCAAUACAUCCUGAUUUUAUUCAGCACCUGUUAUUGUUUACCUGCAGAAAGGACUGAUUGAGCUUUCUUUAUGACAAGUUUGAUAUUUAUCUUUAUGUUGAAAUACAGGAAAAAAAAGUACAUUUAAAAUACAUAUAGUGCCAUUCUGUAAGAAAAUAAGUAUAGAGGUGGAGUUUGGGAGCAAGGUUAAGAUGGAAAACAGUGAAUCUAGUUUUAGAAAUAAAGGAGCUGCUUCUAUAUACAUAGAUGGGAAAUGUUGACAUAGACAGAGGGGCGCAGACCUGUGAUGAAAAGUGCCAAAAAUACGGAAGAAACUCUAAGGAUGAUCCUUUUAUCAGCUGUUCCAUUAAUAGAAGCAAACCAGGCUGCUACUUCACACUCCCCAAAUUUAGAUUCUGCUAUUUUCUCCUCAUAAAAAAAAAAAACGUGCUACUUUGCACUCUGAGAAACUUGAAAAUUAAGCUGUAUCCAUAAACUUAUGUAAACACAAUAUCACCUUUAUUUUCUUCUCCAAAUGAGUUUGGGUAAAGUAUGACGCAAAAACAAAAAACAAGAGAUCUAAUGCUCAGCUGUGUGAUGCAUGAGUCAGUAAAAUCUCCUCUUCAGCCACAACAACAUACAUACGUGCAUGGCAAGUGUGUAGUUUGUCAUGCACAGACCUGCUUAGUGUUUGGCUUCAGUCACUUCCCUAACUUGGGCCUCAAAGUAUUGCAUCAACAGCUUUGUUAAAAGGAGAAGAAAAAAAAAAAACUCUGGCCGCGUUGGUUUGAGCUUAAAUGUGCCAUUAAACUGUGAACAGGAGAUCUCCAAGUAUAAAUAUUUUAAAAAGGACUGAACGGUGAAGUUGAGAUUUUCUAUUUAGAUGUAUAGUUUUUAUAGAGUCCACAGCUUGACUUCAAUUAACUCAGAUCAAAUCAUUUGUUCUCUGCAAACUCAGUGUUGUAUCAAAACUAAGCAGGAUGUAGAUUUUGAUCACUCGACGUGGUGUUAGUAGACACACCUCUGUUAUCUCAAGUGUCUGACCCUCUUCAGCUAUCACUGUUGAUGUCCUGUGAUGCAGCUGCACCGACACACUGCAUCAUAUAGAGUUCUGACAAUCCUGAACCAUCCUGUCUCCACCAGGCGUUUGUGUCAAUGAAAUAAAAUGACCCUUUUGUUGUUACAGCAGUUACCACCCGUACUCAUUUAUAAAGGGAGCGAUUUACGUGGAUUUGACUUGACUGAUCAUGUCGUCUUGAGACAGUUUCUGUGCAGAUGUGUCUCUUUGUACAGACAACAACUGGAAGAGGUGAAAUGGACAAAUCUCUCAAGGGGAUAAAGGUCAAAGGCUCUGGUAAAAUUAGAUUUAUUAAUACAAGAGGUACUCCGUUUUUACCCAGUUGACAUCCUUGUAUUACAUGUAAAUAUUAAACUGAGAGAAAAUCCCAAUAAAUGCACUUGUUUGACAUUCAA